GGGCGCUGCUGGCUUCCAUUGUCCUCACGGUGAGACGAGCUUUGCGCCAGAUGUUCCUCAGGAGUUGCCGAAGACACCGCGGACUCCUCCUCCUGCCCUCUUGCCUGUUGUAAAUAGUCCGGAACAGAGACAGCGUCUUGAGUUCUGCACAUUCCGGGGAGUCCUCGUCCCAAACGAUCCGGAGGUUCUGCGUCCUCAAACUAUGAAGAGGCUGCAACAGGGUCCGAGACAUGCAGGCAAGUUCCCAGAAGUCAGCUGCCACUGGCCUGUGAGUCCCGGAGAAGUUAGACUGGCUGGUCCAACCAGCAGGGAAAGUGCUGCAGUCACCGCUGGCUCCAGUGUUUCUUCCACCGACCACACUGUGUAUGGAUGGUGCUGCGCUGGUGUGUGUUGUUGUUGAGGAAUGCAGCAGCACAGACAAGCCAGACGCACUCCUGUCUGUCGCUAACCUCCACACAGUAUUUUAGGAGAGAUGGUUCGGCGCAGCACGGCACGGCAGUCAGUGGCUGUCCGUCGUUAAGCUCUGACACGUGAGGGAGUUGGAAUAGCGGUGUCUAACCAUGUCUCUUUUUUACUACUACCGCCAACAGUGGGCAAAGUCCUCUGACAGGGUGUGACCUGGAGGGAUAGUUCCUGACUGACCUGUGCCAUGAAGACCCAAAAGGCCCGAGGUGUCAAGCCAACUUCCCCAUCCGGGCGGCGAAAGUCUCGCUUCACCUUACGAAGCAGAAAGAAAAAGGACAGGGUGAUCCGAGGCAAGCUUCGCAUCCGUUCCAUGCCUGGAGCCUUCCUGGUGCUGGGGAUCAUUGUAGUGGUCGUCGGAACUGCCCUGGCUGUGGCAGGUUACUGGCCCUACAGGAUAUCAAGAUCCUCCAUCCUGGGAGCUGCAGACGGGGAAAGUAUCUCUGAGUCACAGACUUCAGGCUGGAGUCUGGGAGCUAAGGGUCUCCUGUCCACAGCCAGCCUCAUCCACAAUGAACGGAUGAAGCUGUUAGGGCCUGUCAUCAUGGGGGUUGGACUCUUCAUCCUCAUAUGUGCCAACACGGUCCUGUAUGAGAACAGGGACAGAGAGACUCAGAUGCUGCUGGCCCAGAUGCGUAGUGUUAUCUGCUCUGUGUCUGCAGCUGUGCCCUCCGCCGACCUUAAAGAAAUAGCAGUAGCCAACUCGAUGGCGAAACACUACCAGUGGGUGAGCAGUUUGCCAGCUGCCCAUCUCAACAUCCUCUGUCUGCAGCAGCUGGCCAGCUCUGAGCCCCUGCUCCAGACCAGACACCCCCGAGAAGAUGAGGACAGUGUGGAGGGCAUCUACCAGCAAGCUGUUCUCCAGACAGAAGCCCUCCACCACCAGGAAUCAGAGCUGCCGCCUUACCUUCAGUCCUCCCACUCCAACUCAUGUAAUUCCAGUCAGACAGACUUAAACAUACAGUCUGGUGCUGAGCAGAGAGGCAACUUCAAUGUGCAGGCUUCCCCAGUUGUCAAGCUCAACAACUGCCUGGUGUCUGCCAGUUCCAUGUCCACCCUGGGGGUGGACGAGGUGGAUAUUCCAGCUGCCCAGCCGAGGCGUUGCCAUAGUAUGAGCUACAGGACUAACCCUCACAUAGCCCGAGCUGGUGUGCGUCUCCAGGAAGGUCUCCACGCACCCAGUGAGGAGGGUCAGAUAAAUCAGCUUGUAGCCUUAAAGAGAGAGGCUGGUUCACAGGUUUGCGUGAACAUCCUGGGGCAUGUUAUGGAUGCUGUGGAGGAGCAGACUCACCAAAGCUGGCCUCGGUUAAACCUGGGCAGUGGCAGGCGAUACCUGAAGCUAGAGAACAAAGAGGAGUCAGUGGACAAGCUGCUGGACCAGUUAGAGCAGCAGUGUUCACAGUGGGAUAAGAGCUUUGGCUCUGGACCUUUUCAGUGAUGGAGUAAUCAUAUUUUACCCUGGAUUCAGAAAUUGCCCCGUUUGUUUUUAAAUUCUGUGUAAGGCAGAGAGAAACUGAGCACUGGACCCUUUGGAGUAUUUCUCACAAGGAUCUUCCAAAACUUGAGCAUGUUCUCAGUCUUCCGUGGAAUAUUGAGUAUGCUUUUUGUUUGGCUGAAUGUGGCAGAUGUUUAUAGAAUUGGAGGACAUGAACAAUAUACAGGUCCUACAGGUCGUACAGACUGUUAACUUCAGUUUGGGUUGCCAGCAAUGUGAAAAAUGAACUUGUAUCUUGAUGCCAAAAUUUGUUUGCCUGUAUCCAGGACACAAUGUGCACAACCAAACGAAGACGAGAUUGAAGGAAGUCACGUUAUGAAGGAUCUUUUCCACUGUGCAAUCAUUUUUGAACCAAACUACCUGGACCCCUGAGCCCAUAAAAUGCUGACAGCUCUUGACAAAUACAACUAGUGUUUGAACAGGGACCUUUUCCCAUAGGUCCCAUACUCCAAAUGCAAUGCAUGGCAGUGAUGUACAGUAUGUUACAUCUUGAUAAUUAUGCAGAAUAAUGUCAUUGUUGGUUUUAUGUGUAUAAGAAGUGAUGAUCGUGACAGGGUGAUUCUGGUUUAUUCAUUUUUAGGUGUAUUUGUCUUAUGUUGGGCUGUUAUUAAUACAGAAUCAAGUGAGAUAACAUUGUAGUCACCAAAGCUGCUUUCAGACAUGCACUGAACUCCGGAGAACCUCCGAACAUCUCUAAAGGGGCUCUAUGUGUAAAUGCAAAUGUCAGAGUGAGAGCCUCCCGACAUUCUGCUGACUUUCUCCUUGCAGUCUCCUCGUAGAAAGUCAGAAGGAGCAGAUAUGAUAAGGUAGCAGGAGAUCCUCUGUGAUAUUUACAAGUGAGUGGGUGUGUUGAUGUUUCUCACAACCGACAGACACAAAAUAGAGAAACAAAAAUAAAACAAAUAUCUCAGGAUCAAAAAGCGGUGUCAUACACAUAGAAGACAAAGAGGAAGAUGUCAAGAGAGCUUUUGGUGGUAAAGGGCAGACGCCAGUGUCGAUAUGCUUUAAACAAAAACAUGUUAUCUCCGCAGUGUAAUAUGUUACAUCCUGCCUCUGCCUGCUGCACCACCCCUCACCUGAACACGCUGGAGAUUUCUGUGUUGUUGUGAAUGCGCCUGUGCGGAGAAUCUCCUGCUGCGUUCUUCAUGUGUGAAUGGCAAACUCCGGAGACUGUGUGGACCCAAUUCUUGGAGGACAUGUCUGAAAACGGCUCAAGUGAAUUGCUGAUGCCUGAGAACAUGAUAACAUUAUCUGUCUCUUAACUGUGAUGAAUGUUUCAAUGGAUGCAGUCUUUGUUUUUCUCAUGGGCAAAUUAUCAUUGCUAUGGGCAUAUCUGUCAUUCAUGUAAUAGCAGUUACAUUGUUUUGUCUAUUUUUUUUUUUAUUGACUUAUGUUUUUGCACUUACAGUAAUCCAUGUAAGAUUCCAAAUAUGUUUGGUGGAAGCACUAUACUUUAAGUCCCCCUGUUUAGUUAUUAAAAGCAGCA